AUGCUUGCAGCAGAAAUCAUGAAAGUUAAGAUUGUGAAUUCUUCUAUCAAAGGCUACCAUAUAUACCAUGUCCGUCCACACUUGGAUAUAGCUAUGGAUGUGAGACCUGAACCAGAAAACCAGUAUGACCCUAAUGCUCACUGUGUUUGGAUGCCCAAUCAGGAAAACAUACCAAAAAAUUUACUAAAGGAGGUAACUCGCCCUGAAAAGGAGAGUCAGAAGAAACAAACUGCAGGCAAAAUUGCAGGCAAGUUAGUUGGUCGAGUACCUGCUAGUCUUGGCAGUAUUUUUAAUUGUGUAUCAGAUGCCGUUUUGAGCAUCAAAUGCAUUGCAACUGUGGAGCCUGAAGUUAGCAAACAGCCUGUAGCUAGCACAAAAUACCGAUACAACCCUUGGGGUUUUAGUAAACGUGGUGGUGGUGCCACUGGAAAGGUCGAUUAUGUUAAGGAACAAUUUAACCAAUUUUUUGCUAAUUUCAAGGGAACAGAGACUUUAUCAAUUGAAGAUUAGCCUCAUUCUAGCUAAAUCAAAAUCAACUGAUGUUUACAUGUAAAUGUGUAUUAAAGCAAUAAAUCAUACAUAUGUUAUAA